AUUUCUUUCUUGCUAAAUUUCAUGUAGCAAAAGCAGUUUCAUUCCAUAGCAUCUCAAGAAAUCAUUAUCAUGGCUGCCACAAACAAAAUUCAAGUGGUUUCCAAAGAAAUUUUAGAGCAAAUAGCAGCAAAAUUUGGUGAUACGAAUAUUUAUGAAUCCCGAGCUGUUGGGGAAAUGAUUUUUCACUUCUUUGAUGAAGUUGAGGAGUUUUCAUCUGGUAGUUCAUCGUGCUGUUCUUCUAGCACUGGCUUUGAUGGUGGAGAAGGCGUUUAUCAUGAGGCUGUGGAGGAGGAUGACGAGGCGGCGGCGGCUGCUGACACCGAAGGAAAUGGUUGCAAGGCUGAUGCGGCCAAGGCCUUUUGGGAUUCCCAGGAGGAGCUUUUGCUGUCAACUUUACGUAGGACCACUUCUUUUGAAUCAAAAAUCAGGAAGGCAACAAAGGAAGCUUUAAUGGAGUUAAAUACCAUUUGUGUUAAUUGUGCCUGCCAGAAUAGGGCUGUUGAUGGCUGCCGGAAAUGCAUGCUAAAAGAAGUCUGCGAUCGGCUUCAGAAAGAUGGAUUUAGUUGCACCAUUUGCAAGUCCAAGUGGAAAAGCUCACAGGAAAUUCCAGCCGGAGAGCAUACCUACUUGGAAGUUGUUCAAAACACAACAUCUAAAGGUGAAGUGAAGGUGAUCAUUGAGUUGAAUUUCAAGUCAGAAUUCAUGAUGGCAAGAGGUUGUGAGGAAUAUAACCGGCUACUUGAACGAUUGCCCGAUGUAUAUAUUGGAAAGACUGAAAGACUGAAAACUCUGAUCAAAAUAUUGUGCUCUGCAUCAAAGAAGUGCAUGAAGGAGAAUAAAAUGCAUAUGGCACCAUGGAGGAAGCAUAAAUACAUGCAAGCAAAGUGGCUUGGCAAACCUGAAAAGCAACCAACAUUAACCUUGCCUGAAUUGCAUAAGGAAAUCAGGCCAUCAAGGCCCAAGGCCUCCAUGCUUACCUUUGAUUUCUCGGAUAAUUUGAAAACCUUGCACCCUGCAACCAUGAUUAAAGUCUUGUAGUCAUAAUUUUAUUGUCAAUUUUGCAAGCUAGAUCUCUUAGGUUUUGCUCUAAAUUAUGAGAAGUGAUGGUGGUAGUUGAGUUUUUUGAGUGUCUUGUGUAUGAUUUCUUUUCAGAGAAAGUGUUGGUUUGUAAAUAAGGGAAGAGAUUUAAUUGUUUUGAAGGAAAUUAUAUUGUUACGAAGCACUAAAACGAAUGUAAAGUAGGUUAAACGUCAAUCUUGUCUAGCUAGCAUGAUGGAUGCAACUUCAAGCAAACGAUAACCAUGGUCUCAAGCUGAAAAUGUUGUUUAUAUAUUACUUUCUUGAAUCGUUGUACUUCAUGUUUUUGUAAUUGUCGAAAGGUCUUACGAUCAUUUCUGGUUCGAGUGUUCUUGUAGCUUUUUAGAAAUAUAAAGUUUCUAAAUACUACUUAUUGGCAA